CCAUGAUGCUAAAGCAGCGUAGCUCGCAGGGGCUUAUGGGGAGCUCCGCUGUGCCCUUUCUAUCCGCCGCGCUGUGAAUGAGAGGUUGGGUUUGGGGGAUCACUGCUCUGUGUUUCAGUUCUCUGUAAAACGUCCAUUUCUCCACAGACUCCAACAAAAUGAUGGCAGCUCGGUUCCUCCUCCGCCGCGCGGCUCCAGCGCUGAGGCAGGUGCGCUGCUACGCCGAGGCGGCCUCCGGUGCUCCCCAGAUGUCCUUCACUUUCGCCUCGCCGAACGAGGUGUUCUUUAAAGGAGUCAGUGUUAAACAGGUGGAUGUCCCCACACUGACUGGUGCUUUCGGUAUCCUUCCAGCCCACGUCCCCACACUACAAGUGCUAAGGCCCGGUGUUGUCACCGUUUUCAGUGAUGACGGAACUUCAGCAAAGUAUUUUGUGAGCAGCGGUUCAAUUACCGUCAACGCCGACUCUUCAGUGCAGCUGCUCGCUGAGGAGGCUGUUCCUUUGGAAAAUCUGGACCUGGCUACGGCUAAAGCUAACCUGGAGAAAGCCCAGUCAGAGAUGGGCAGUGCUUCAGAUGAGGCGUCCCGGGCGGAGGUCCAGAUCAGCAUAGAAGCCAACGAGGCAAUCGUCAAGGCUCUGGAAUAAAGCUGUCGCUUCUUUAGUGAUUUCAUUUGGCACAUCUGUUUGUCUCCAGGUCUGAAGCUGUUUUGUGGGGAAAAAAGUCUCCAUUACUCAGUCCCCAUCAGUGAAGUCAGUAACCGAAGUCAUAUGGAUUGCUUUGUACAGUUGAUGAUUAUACCAAUAAAUUUAUUUGGAAUUAA